UCUUCAAUUUGGAGGCCUGGUAUACGAGCCGGUUUCAGUUUUGGUCUCUUAUCGGUGUACCUGGAAAUAGAAUAUCAAAUCAUUUACAGCAAAGCCGCUUCCAUUUUGGGAGUGGUUGUGAGCAAAGGCUGCGUUGUGUUUGCUUUGUUUUCAUUUUCCGUCCAUGCCUUACUUGCGUUCAGACGGGAUCCCCCAAAACAGCUCAGGAAUUUUGCUGCUCCAGAUUUCUGGGACGAACAAAGCCGCAGCUUUGUUCAAAAAAAGAAAAAAAAGAAAAAAGAUAUCACUAGCAAAACAUCCAGGAUGGAGGAGGUGGAUCCAAAGCCUGGGGAUUUGAUUGAGAUCUCCCGGAAGGUUUACCAACACUGGGCAGUCUACGUGGGUUCGGGCUUCGUUGUCCAUCUGACUCCGUCAAAUGACGGCUCCAGCUCAGCGCAGAAGGCAGUGGUGAAGAAGGAACUGCUAUCCAUGGUGGCAGGGACUGAUCGCUACUGCGUGAACAACAAGCAUGACUCCAAAUAUCAUGUCCGGAGCCCCGAUGAGAUUGUCUACAAGGCAGAGAUGCUGGUGGGCCAAACAAUGGAAUAUAAACUCCUCAGCCAAAAUUGUGAGCAUUUUGCUAAUAACCUGCGCUAUGGCGUGGCCCGGUGUGAUCAAGUCCCGAAUCUGGCCAAGUUACGAAAGGAAACAAUUUUCUCUUCCCUGAGUGGCUCCUCCAAUGUGGAUCCAAAGCCUGGGGAUUUGAUUGAGAUCUCCCGGAUGUGUCACCGACACUGGGCAGUCUACGUCGGCUCAGACUACGUCAUCCAUCUGACUCGGUCAAAUGGCGGCUCCAGCUGCGGUUUCAGCUGCAGCUGCAGCUCCAGCUCCAGCUCCAUGAAUAUCUUUGCCCGGAGAGCAGUGGUGAAGAAGGAACUGCUAUUCCUGGUGGCAGGGACCAAUCGCUACUGCGUGAACAACAAGCAUGACUCCAAAUAUCAUGCCUGGAGCCCCGAUGAGAUUGUCUACAAGGCAGAGAUGCUGGUGGGCCAAACAAUGGAAUAUAAUCCCUUCAGCAAAAAUUCUGAGCAUUUUGCCACUUGCCUGCGCUAUGGCGUGGUCCGGAGUGAUCAAGCUACCGCUGAAGCCAACAAUCUGGUGGCUGUCGCUUCAGCCAAAGAUCUGUAUUACAGAAGAAUGGAAAAGAUCUGUGGUGGAGACAAACCUUAUGUGGCCCCCGAGUUGCUGGAAGUAAAGCACCAGAAGCAGAGUGUGCGGGCUUUGGAGCACUUCCGUCGCAUCAAAAAGAUGGGAGGCCGAGAGUUCAGCCAACGUUACGAGGACGAGUUGAUGCAGGAGCUGAGCGACCUCUUUGAAGACUUGGCCAAGCAUAACCAGAGAAAGAAAAUUUUCAACACUUUCCGGACACUCGCCAUCCACUUCGCCAUGAUCGUGGUUCUCUAUGUGACCUCAGGGAUCACCAAGUACAUUGGACUGAGCGUGGUUGCCCAGUUGUGCAACUUAAUCGUGGGUCUGUUGAUUCUUUCCCUGCUAGCCUGGGGCUACAUCCAAUACUCGGGCAAAUCCCACGAACUGGGCAUUGUGAUUGACAACAUAGCGGCGUUCGUGCUGCAGAAGAUAUGGGCUAUGGGGUCUCUUGUCCACGUGGCUCCCUCCAGAGACCAGCCCCUGGCCCCACCUCGACACAGGACGUCUCAGUGAGCAAGGGGACAUAAUGAGGUGCGACUCCCAAAAUGUCAUCCCAGACGCUGGAAUCACCGGAAUCUGGCUUUCCGAUCCAGGAAUCACUUUCGCAGAGCUUCUUCAUAGACAGCCAAUUUGAGCUUCUGAGUUGGGGGGGGGCGGUAUUGUAGAGUAGAUGGUCACUAAGAUGGCCUCACUUGUCCAUCUCAUACUUUUAGCAAAAAAAUUGCUUCUGCUGAGAGGACAGGAGACUGUGGAAACCACCCUUGAUGCUUCAGCGCAGAUCGGCAUAACAACUGUAUUUUUAGCUGUUUCAUUCUCUCUUUGCUACAUACGUGUACUUUCAGUCAUGCCUAGGUGGGUCAGCCGAAGUGCAUAUCUCGCACCUGCAACAGCAAGCCCUCCCAUCACACGAUACAAACUUUCCCUAAAUACAAAUGCUUGUAUGAAUACAAGGGGGAGUACCACACUGUGUAAAAUGGGUGGAAACAAAUGCUUGUGUUGUGACUCCAGCCCCCGAACCUGGCCCCAUGCCCGAAAGUGACUCUUGAGAGUGAGGGGGAAGGGCCGGUAAGGCUUACCUCGGGAGCACCGAUUCCUUUGGAUCGGCUCCAGGAGCCAGAACCAGACCAGUCGGAGGACGUAAUGAGGCCGUCAUCCCCUGAUUCCUCCCUUCCUCAGGCUACGCCUUCAGACCCAGCUGAUAAUAAUAAUCAAGCUUGGCUUGACCCACGUUCAGAAGAUUAGAGAGGCGGCAUCAUCAAAAGGAAGGGUGGGGCAGGAGCUUCACCCCACAGGAUAUAUAAGGAGCUUUGGGAGUGCUCUCACUCCACAGGAAGCAAACGUUUAGUUGAACUGUUUCACAAAGAGCUGAAAGUCUUGCUACGUGAGUCAUUUGUUUGAACUUUGUCAGGCAGCUGCGAUUUCUCUGCCAGGACUGAUAAGGCCAGCUCAUGAGUCUGAAAUGGGGAAGGAGACAGAACAUCUUGCUUGAAAUGGCACGCUUGCUUGAAAUGAAUGCUUGAACACGCUGAAGAUGCUGGAACGAACUCUUGCUCAAUAAAGGUUGUGUGAACACGGACUUGCUCGCACGCUGA